CCACCUGUGUGGGUGCUUAUAUAUGCUGCCGCCGGAAUCAAUUGGCUCUAGCCAGAUCGCGGAACUAGAUAAUCGGUUGCCUUUAAAUAGCACCAACUUUCGAUGGCCGGAACACAGUCGGUCUUAGAAAUUUUGGCGCAAUGCUGCUUAUGGCGUGGCUCUCCCUGCUGGCAUUCGUUUGGUUGGGGGAAGGCAAUCCUCUGGUCGGACUGUUCGACCCGGCCUGCUUUGUGAUGCGUGGAGAGUGUCCCAAUAAAAAUGUUACCUUCUGGCUGUACUCCAAAUCAACUCGGGAUAAUCCUAUCCUGCUGGAUCCUCUCGAUCUCAAUCCCUGGGACUUUCAGCCUCCGCGCCCUCUGAAGAUACUCAUCCAUGGAUACACGGGCUAUCGAGACUUUGCCCCGAAUUCCUUCAUCCGGCCAGUGCUGCUCGACCACGAGGAUGUCUAUGUGAUCUCCAUUGACUAUGGACCCCUGGUGCGCUAUCCCUGCUAUGUUCAGGCGGUGCAAAACGUUCCUCUAGUCAGCAAAUGUCUGGCGCAGCUCAUCAACAACCUGGUGGACCGGGGCAUAGUUCGAAAUGAGAUGAUCCACCUGAUUGGCUUCAGUCUUGGCGGCCAGGUGGCGGGUCAGGCCACCAAUCAUCUGAAGCGAAAGUUGAAGCGGAUUACGGGACUGGACCCGGCCAAGCCGCUCUUCAUCCUGGGCAGUGAUACGCGCCGCUUAGAUGCUGGCGACGCAGAGUUCGUGGAUGUCAUCCACACGGAUGUUCUGGGUCGAGGAAUGCUCCGUUCAAUGGGCCAUGUAGACUUCUACCCCAAUUUCGGACCCCAGCAGCCGGGCUGCAUGGAGGAGAACCCCACCGAUCCCGGGAGCUGCAAUCAUGAGAGAGCUCCGCGCUUUUAUGCCGAGUCCAUUAACUCCACCGUAGGUUUCUGGGGUCGCCAGUGCUCCAGUUGGUUGGUCCACCUCAUCGGACUCUGUUCUACCCGCGCCCCCCAGGCCCUGAUGGGCUACCACGUAGCGGAGGACGUGAAAGGCUCGUUCUUCCUUAAGACAGGCAGCAAUACACCCUAUGCCCUGGGAAAAAUGGAGGACGUGGACAACAGCAGGCAUCUGGCCAAGUUUCGGCUGAGUCCAGAGCACAACGAAGUCGACCAUGACUUUGAACCACAGCUGCUGGAGGCCUUCCUCGAGUUGGAGGAUCCCGAGAACCAUCUGAAGACAGAUGUGGAUGAUCUCGAGAAGCAACUGAUCUGGACGGAUCAAGCAGAAGACGAACCUUUGUCAUAGGAUCAUUUGUGAUUACUCAAGUAAACUCGGA